CUCGUCCAGCUGGGACGCCCUCUUGACCUGCUCCCGUGGUUUUACGCUACGGAGAUGCAGGGACUCAUCUCAAUGCGGUAAUAGCCGUGAACACUAACGUCGCUUAUCUUAUCGUACAUCCCUGCAAAGAAUUUCCCAACCCACACACAGUACAGACAGCCCCCAAACAAUCAAUCGAAAAGAUGGUCGAACAAGCAUCAGAAGAGGAUGUCCUUCUCGCGAAAAAGAUUAUCUCCGCCGCGGAACGUCACGAUGUCCCGGCUCUCAAAAUCCUACUAAAGGAAGGCUCCGCAAACGUCCAAGAUCCAACUGCAACAGUCGCGACCUCACCCCUACACGCCGCAAUUGUCGCAUGUGGGAAGGCCGAAGAUGAGAAAGAGGCGGGUGAAGAUGCGGUGCGCACUGUCGAGUUUUUGCUAGAAAAUGGCGCCAUUUGGAACGAUUUGAACAAGGAGGAUGAGACCCCGGGAUGCAUUGCGCUGAGACUAGGACAGAAGAAAAUCUACGACAUGAUGGUGGAAGCUGGUGUGCGAGCCGAGCUACUCUUCUCGAAGAUGGAGGCGCUGGGUUUGGGUGACGAUGACGAGGUGGAAGGGAAUGACGACGAGGCGCGUGAGGAGCAGCCUGCAGCCAAGAAGCAGAAGGUGUCUGAAGAGGAGGCACAAGCUAUCCAGGAAGCGGUUGAGGAGGAGGUUCUGGACGAUGUUUCGAAGGAUAACAGAGCGUAUCUAAAGAGUCAGCUACGGUAUAAGCCGGGAAUCCUUCUGGAUGAGAGCGACAACGCCGUAAUGAUGGACUGGGAGACUCAGAUUAUGGAGCGGCACGCCGAAACGCUGAUACCGAAGCCGGGUCUCAAAGUCAUGAACGUUGGACACGGUAUGGGGAUUGUUGAUACGGCAAUCCAGACGCAUGACCCCACCGAGCAUCACAUCGUCGAAGCACAUCCACAAGUGCACCAGCGCUUACGCGAGCAUGGCUGGUACGACAAGCCGAACGUUAUCAUCCACGAGGGCCGAUGGCAGGAUGUGCUUCCUAAGCUGGUCGAACAGGGUGUCGUGCUAGAUGCGAUUUACUACGACACGUUUGCGGAAGAUUAUAAGGCGCUCAAGGAGUUCUUCUCGGAAUACGUGAUCCAGCUCCUAGCGCCUGAUGGCAAGUUUGGGUGGUACAAUGGGCUUGGAGCGGACCGACAGAUAUGCUAUGAUGUCUAUACAAAGAUUGCGGAGAUUGACCUAUAUGAGACGGGCUUUGAUACCACGUGGGAAGACAUCAAAGUUCCUACGGGCUUACACGGAAGCAAGCAGUGGGAAGGCACUAGGCGGCCAUACUGGACGAUCGACAUUUACAGAUUGCCCGUAAACACCUUCGUCAAAUGAGCACCACGUCUCACCAGAACGGCGGGGUCUUAGGGAUAUAGGGCAGGACAUUGCGCGCUCCGCAUCAUUGCAGUAGAGCGAAGGUCCUCCAAAAUUGAUAACCGUA